AUGGUGACCCGUCGCCGAUUUGGCCACCGCUUGAUAGCUCUGGCGGCCAUCCUCACUUUUCUCGGUCUCUUCCACUUCUUCACCUUGACUCCUGGCCACCCAUCCGAUCUUCAAUCUCCAUCAAUACACCACCCCAUCUCCAAAACCACCCAUCCCGACACCGAAAAUGCCGGCGAUUCAACGCUGCUCUGUCCUCCGAUGGACGGAAUGGACGAUAUCCUUGUCGUCAUGAAGACCGGCGUCACCGAGGCCAAGGAAAAAGUCCCGGUGCAUUUCCAGACCACCUUACGCUGCGUUCCACACUACGUGAUCUACUCCGAUUUCGAAGAAGAGAUCGAGGGCGUCAAGAUCUACGAUGUCCUUCAAGGCAUGGACCCUGACGUGAUGACACAAGUUCCCGACUUUGACCUCUACAAUCGAAUCAAGAAGCUCGGACGUCAGGGUCUCGCGGAAAAUGACUUUGCGGACGAGGCCAACUCGGCCGUGGGCAAACCCAACAACCCCGGGUGGAAGUUGGACAAGUGGAAGUUCUUACCCAUGAUCAUCGAGGCCCUGCGCUACAAGCCCAAGGCCAAGUGGUAUGUUUUCAUGGAAGCCGACACGUACAUCUCAUGGCCGACCCUUCUCGCAUGGCUCAAGCACUUCAAUCACAAAAAGCCAUGGUACCUCGGUACCGAGACCCAGAUCGCCGACGUCAUCUUCGCGCACGGCGGCUCGGGGUUUAUGAUCUCCCAUGCGGCGCUCAAGCUCGCGGCCGAGGAAUACACCGCACGUCGUACCGAAUUGCAUCACUAUACGGACGGCCACUGGGCAGGUGACUGUGUCCUGGGUAAAGUGCUGGCUGACGCGGGCGUCAACCUCCACUUCUCCUGGCCAAUUCUCCAAAACUCCAACCUUGGCGAGCUGGACGAAUUUAACGUCGACCUCUAUCGCCAGCCAUGGUGCUUCCCGGCCGCCGCCUUCCACCAUCUCAACGCUCAGAAAAUUCAGGAUCUGUGGUCUUACGAGCAAAAGCGUUGGCAGGAUAAGGACAAACGUGUUCUCCUCCACAGUGAUGUAUUCCGUGACCUGCUCUACCCCGACAUCGCCCUGAAACCCGCCCGUAUCGGGUGGGACAAUCUCUCCGCCGACGAGCAAUCCACCGCCUCAAGUUUCGAAGAAUGUCGCCAAAUCUGCGACCAACUUGACGACUGUACACAAUUCUCCUUCCGCGACAAAUCCUGCUUCACCAGUCGCACUCCUCGCCUCGGUGCGGCCAACCCCAACACCGUCUCAGGCUGGAUGGUGGAUCGCAUCCGCGCCAACAUGGAAAAAAGCGGUUUCUGCAAGACUACCGAAUGGGGAGCAGAGUAG